AUGCCGCUCGCGCCGACGUUCGCGCUUUCCGGCGUGACGUCCUAUGCGCCGCCCGCGCUCGCGCGCGCGAUGCCCCCCCGCGACGCGUUCUUCGCGAUUCCGUCAGCCUCCGAGAAGGGCGAACCGAUGAAGAUGUUCGACCUCAGGAAGAUGGCGCGAGAAGCCGGCGUGCUCGACGCCAUCGACGGAGCGAUGGAGGCCGUGAUGGACUUCGCGAGGUCGAUGUCACUCCCCGUGGAAAGCACGAGGCAAAAGCUCGAGGCCUUCAACCGGGAGACCGCGUUGUUGGUGGAACAGGUGCAGCAACGUGAUUCGCUUCGGAAUUCGCUCGCUGUGUACGCGAUGUUCCUCGCCGGCGUCACGACCGGCGUCGUCGUGUACGCGUACGGCCCGAAGAAGGUCAAGUCGGCGUUGCGAACCUUCGGGGCGGAGGCGAGGACGAGGAUAGAGGACGCCGUAGAGGCGCUGAGACGAAUCGAUUUCGCCGGCGCGAGGGACGCGCUGUUGGCGUUCGCGACGGCGUUCCUCGCGCGCGCGGAGACCCUCGCGAAGGCGGGCGUGGACGUGGCCGCGGCGGGGUUGGAGAAGGUGAAGGCGCUCGUCGACGAGAUCACGAAGAAGCUCGGGAAGAAGGACGACGACGACGGGAAGAAGUGA